GAUCACUUUCUUUGUUUACAAAUUGUAUUGCCAAAUCUGAUAAAGAAACAGAAGGCUAGGUGAAUUGGCAGAGGAUGGAUUCAAGAAUGGGUAGAUUUAGGAUACCAUCUUCUCUUGAUUUUGUAUUGUUAGUGGGUCUGGCUUUGAUUUUAAUCCCCAGAGCUCAGGCCUGGAGCAAAGAGGGUCACGCCCUGACUUGCCAGAUUGCACAGAGUCUUUUAGAGCAGGAGGCUGCAGAAGCUGUUGCGAAUUUGCUACCCCACAAUGUCAAUGGAGACUUAUCCGCCCUCUGCACCUGGCCGGACCAAAUCCGGCACUGGUACAAAUACCGCUGGACAAGCUCACUUCACUUCAUUGACACACCAGACGGUGCUUGUAAUUAUGACUAUGAAAGGGACUGCCAUGACCUCCACGGCGUGGGCGGCAUGUGUGUGGCUGGAGCCAUCCAGAAUUUCACCUUACAACUUCUCCACUACCGAGAAGGAACUGCCGAUCGUCGCUGUAAGGAAUCCAAUAGUAAAAUUUUUGUAUGGGACAGGGAGAUUAUUCUUACAGCUCUCAAAGAUUAUUAUGAUAAGGAUUUGGACAGUCUGAUGGAAGCCAUUACCGGAAACAUCACUGAUGGGAUCUGGGCUGAUGAUGUACCUUCAUGGGGAAAAUGUGAUGAUCUUCUUCCUUGCUUAAACCAGUAUGCUUCAGAGAGUGUAAAGAUAGCUUGCAAAUGGGGUUACAAAGGCGUAAAAUCCGGCGACACUCUUGCAGAUGAGUACUUCAAUUCCAGGAUGCCAAUUGUCAUGAAACGAAUUGCUCAAGGAGGAGUCAGAUUAGCCAUGAUCUUGAACUCUGUUUUUGGUGACUCUGGUGAAGGUUUUGCUGCGGCAACUUGAACACAUCCAGGAAUCAAUAACAGCUACAAAAUUAGGAAGAUUUUCUCUGUUAAUCACCAAUCUAACCUCUUCAAAUACACGUCUCCCCUGUAUCAAACUCAGUUAGCAGAAUUAAUUCCAUUCAAGAAUUGAUCUGUUUAAUUCAAAACUCAAAAACCCAGAUGCGUAUUGAAUUUAGAAUUGAUUGUGUUUUACGUAAUGCAUCACGAUUCACGCAUGUCAUGAAUGUAACUCAUAUCUAAGGCAAAGACAAAAUUCAUUCCGUCCUGCGGAGUCUGGGACCUGACGAAAGAUGAGGAAAAGACAGCUCCUAGAUCGUAGUAAACCAGACAAGACCGGCAACCUUUAGUCCAACGUGUGACGCGUGCGGAAAAAGCUCCACCGUUGAGACUCCGCCGAAUGAUCUUCCUUCUUCCCUUUCACACGAAACACCGCUUGCCUCCGUAUCGAUCCAACUACUGGUGGAUCAUUGUGUCAUCAAGGCCGUUCAUCAAGCAUGCGUGUUUGAAGGGUUACCAUCUAAUGGUCAAGACCGCAUGGAAUCACCAGUUUCCA